CAAAAACGAAUUGUAUCCGCGUUUUCCAAGUCAUUAGAUCACAUCUGCUUGUUGCUGUAGGAUAGAAAAAAAGUGAUCAAAAUGAAAGUGAUUAUCUUGAUUUGCCUGCUUGGCUGUCUGGCCAAUGCCAAUGGCUUCUUGCAUCAUAUUCUAAAGCCUUCGGGACGAGAUGAUUCAGCCGGCAAUGAUAUUCUAGGCGGAAUAAUGGAUAUCUUUGGACUCGGAGACAACAGCAGUCACAAUAAAACAGCCGAAUCUACGGGCUCACCGCCGAAUCUGUUAGGCGGUAUAGUGAACCACUUUAUGAAGGGAUUUAUGAAUCUAUUGGGUAGUAUCGGCUCCGGCUCCGGCGAUGGGGAUGGCGAUGAAGAUGAGGAUUCAACGACGGAAUCAAGUACUCAAGAAUCAACUACUACCGAAUCAGAAGAAAAAUCUUCAGAGGAUACUACCACAGAAUCUGCAGGAACAUCUUCAGAAGAUACAUCCACAACAGAGGCUACAACCACGGAAUCAGAAACUUCGACAGAGGAAUCCACCACAGAAGAUACGUCCACCAGUUCCAGUACCGAAGCAGAAACAUCGACUGACGAAUCCACCACAGAAGUUACAUCAACUACGGAAUCAGAAACAUCGGCUGAGGAAUCCACCAAAAAAGGGAAAAAAGGGAAGAAAGGGAAAUAAACCAGGAAAUCGGAAGAUUUAACUACGAUAUCAGCUACACCCACCCACAAGAACUUCAGCUCCCUGACAAAAAGAAAUUCUGUCGCCUAACCUUCGCAUCGGAUAUUGCUCGUCAUUGUUUGCUUUUCAGCUGCUUUAUGGCUGGUUUGACUUUAUUUAAGCAACGUGUAUAUAAAUACAAGUACCAGUAACAACA